UAGAACUUGAUGUCAAUGUCAAAUUUAAGUAUGAAAUUUUAAAUUUUCCCUGGAAAAACAAUAUAAAUUGCAAUGUAGAGUUUUAUUCAUACAUAAUUUACAAUUAUAAAAAACUAAUUAAUUUGUGAAUAUUUGUAACGAAUAAUAGAGCAAAAUAUUACAAAUUUAUGCUACAAAAAAUAUUGUUAAGUAACCAAAAAGAGGUUAUGUAAUUAAACACAUACAAUUGGAUAUUUUUAAUGAAAAUUUAAAGAAGAAAACUCUUUAAAUAUGAUGGCUCAAGCGAAUGACCGUUCAGAUGAUAAAAAUGUAUCAGAGGAAGUAGAUAAAGUAAUGAAAGAGGAAACGAGUCCUUCAGAAGCUGAUGCUCAGAAUGAUAUCGAAAUUAAUUUAGAAGAAAAAUUCCUUAUUAGGGAUUGUGAAGUAUACAGUGACGAGUAUGAUGAAUGUACAAGCUUCAGAGCUAGAUUUCACCAGUACUUUAUAUAUGGCGAAACACUAGAUUGUAACCAAUGGAAAAGAGAUUAUGAUAAUUGUUGUAAAUGGGUAGAGAAUGAGGAUAAAAAGGCAGCGUCAGCUUUAAUAAAAAGUGAAAAAGAAAGGAGAAUGGAUAGACUGAGGGCACAUUAUAGGAAUGAUAUUUGGAAGAAACGCGACUCACCCCCUGAGGAUUGGGCGGCUCCUUUGCCUGAGUGGAUGGCUAAGAGAGAUGAAAACACAUACCUAGCAAAAAGAGCACAUGAAAUAAGAGAAGGAACUGACAAUCAAAAUGUUGAGAAGGAAAGCUCAUGCACAAUAAUGUAAUGUAAGCCAAAUAGAAGAGUUAACAUGAAAAAAAUUGUUAUGUAUUUAUUUUCUUUUGUAGAUAGCCCCUUCUUAUAAAUCACUUUGUUUCUCUUUUUAUUCUUUGUGUAAUUAUACACUGAACUUGUUUAUUGCUAUUUAAAGAGGUGGUGGUUGGAAUGCUGAGUGUUAAUUGAAAUUGUUUACAUGUUAUAUAUCUCUUCUAUUUGGUAAAAAUUAAGUUAUUAUCAGCCUAUGAAUUUGCAGAUAAAUUUCUGAACUUCUUCAUAAAAAAUAAUCAUUAAGUUUUUUAAAGAAAUGUUUAAGAUAUCAGACUGCCAGUUCUCUCAUUAUACCUCGGUUAUGUGAUACUUACAUCAAGAAAAGGUAAUAUAGUUUUAAUAAGUACUUACACAGUGUUUGUGUAAUCUUUGCAGUCAUGUUGUUAUUUAUGAAUGCCUAGGUGCAAUGUAUUAUAAGCUAAUUAUAAUGUAAUUUAUUA